AUGGUUGGACAGCAUGUUCUGGUUCUGGGCGCUUCGGGUGGAACUGGACAUGUUGCCGUACAAAUAGCCAAGAUCAAAGGCGCAAGAGUGACUGCAGUAACUAGUUCACGUAAUGCAGAUUUCGUUAAAGGUCUUGGCGCAGACGAAAUUCUCUUCUACGAUCUAUCUACAAAUAUAUUAGAGGAUUUACAUGUUGUUACAUUACGUCAUGGUCCAUUUGACUUAGUUUUUGACUCUGUUUCCUCCCAUGAUCUGCGAGAUGCAAAUUUUGCUUAUGAAACUCGAAUUCGUAAUACGAAACCCAAAUUAGUUACUGGAAUGUAUAUUUUAAUUGGAGGUAUCGUAACGGACUGGGUUCUUGCACACAUCAAACGAUUUUUUGGUAUUGACUGGUUCGCAAAUGGCAGACAGCUAUUCUGGGUCAGAUUUCCGGAUAGCACUAGGAGGCUCGAAUCAUUGCGUCAAUUUUGUGAGGCCAACCAGCUCAAGGUAGCAAUAGCCAAUCGUAUGCCAUUUACAGAAGAAGGUAUUCAGGAAGCAUUUCGUUUGCAAAUGAAUCGUCGUACUGUAGGUAAAAUCAUUAUUGAAAUGAUUUCCGAAAAGUAA